GGAGGGGCGGGCAUGCGGGCGCGCGCAGAAGCGGCGGCUGAACCCGAUGGACUAGCUGCGGCCGUGCGCCGCCAACUCGCGUGCGACCCGCGCUCCACCCGCUGCCGAGAGUGCCACCGGCGUCGCUUGUGACCUCGUGAGGCUGGCAUGCAGGAUGGCAGGACAGCCCAGCCACAUGCCCCAUGGAGGGAGUCUGAACAAUCUCUACCAUGCACUGGGGCCUGCACCCCCUCCAGACCCACAGAGGCACCCCAACACCCAGUCUUUUCGCUGCUCACUGGCGGACUUCCAGAUUGAGAAGAAGAUUGGCCGAGGACAGUUCAGUGAGGUUUACAAGGCCACCUGCCUGCUGGACAGAAAGAUAGUGGCUCUGAAGAAGGUACAGAUCUUUGAGAUGAUGGAUGCCAAAGCCAGGCAGGACUGUGUCAAGGAAAUUGGUCUCCUAAAGCAACUGAACCAUCCGAACAUCAUCAAGUAUCUGGACUCUUUCAUCGAAGACAACGAGCUGAACAUUGUGCUAGAAUUGGCUGACGCAGGUGACCUCUCCCAGAUGAUCAAGUACUUCAAGAAGCAGAAGCGACUUAUUCCUGAGAGGACCGUGUGGAAGUACUUUGUGCAGCUGUGCAGCGCAGUGGAGCACAUGCAUUCCCGGCGUGUGAUGCACCGAGACAUCAAGCCUGCCAACGUGUUCAUCACAGCUACAGGCAUUGUGAAGCUUGGUGACCUCGGCCUGGGCCGCUUCUUCAGCUCGGAGACCACUGCAGCCCACUCACUAGUGGGAACACCAUACUACAUGUCACCAGAGAGGAUCCAUGAGAAUGGCUACAACUUCAAGUCAGACAUCUGGUCCCUAGGCUGUCUGUUGUAUGAGCCUGCUGGGACCCACUGCUGGGCACUCUCAAGAGUCCACCACCUGUUUGGAGCCCUAAUAUGUAUGCAGAGUGACAAACAGAUGGCAGCUCUCCAGAGCCCCUUCUAUGGAGAUAAGAUGAAUCUCUUCUCCCUCUGCCAGAAGAUUGAGCAGUGUGACUACCCCCCUCUCCCAGGGGAACACUACUCCGAGAAGCUUCGGGAACUGGUCAGUAUGUGCAUCUACCCUGACCCCAACCACCGACCUGACAUUGGAUACGUGCACCAGGUGGCUAGGCAGAUGCAUGUCUGGACAUCAAGCACCUGAACGCAGCAUGCCUCAUCAAAGCCAUCCACCACUUGUCUUACUUGAGUCCUCUCCCCAAGUGGCACCUGGAAGUUCCCACAGCCAAGACCAGAGGGCUCAGCAGGCUCCCAAAAGUGGCUGCCUCGGCCACUGAGCUGGAAGCAGCUGAGUUAUGGUCAAACUCUAAAGUCCUUUUUUUGAACUGUUGCAGACAAUCUGAGCUGGGCUACUAGUCGGGGAAGGGGCUUAGGCAGUCACUGAAGCCCCUUGUGCCAACUGCAAUGUGAACCUCUGCCUGGUCCCUUCAGACCUGUGCAGGCCCGCAGUGUCAGGAGGCUUGCAGGGAACAGGGUAAGGGUGUGGGUGAGCCUUUGCAAAAAUGGUCACCAGCAGUUGUUUUAGUUCUUAGUACCUUUCACACAACCCGGCUGUGUGCUUCAUUUACUCUCUUGUAAGGGAAAUGGAAAUAACUGUUUAGAGUAGAGAUUUCCCUAAUACCUUCUCUGCAUUUUAUAACUAGUGAGUGACAGUGAGGAGCACCCAGCAUCUGACAUUGAGAGGCAUGGCGUACCUGCCAUGUACCAUGGCCUCCUGGAAUGCUGUGGCUCAUUGAAGGAUAAAUGCGCAGCAUUAUCUACCCAUGGGAAGAGAUCGAGAAAAAUCCAAGAGCUUUGCCCUCACACUGUACUUUACAAAUUCUGGUUCUGUAUCUUCCUAGUGUGACUUGGGCAAGUUUGUUGGCUUUUCUGAGCCUUCAUUUCCUCAUCUGCAAAAGGGAUUAAUGAGGUCAUCUAUCUUCCAGGUGACUGACAGGGUCUAAAACAAAAGAUAUUACUUAGGCAAGGCAGCCUAGGUUUGUUAUCCCAGAACUUGGGAGGCAGAGGCAGGAGGGUUAAGGGGAAGUUUGAGAUUGGACUGGACUACAUAAGACCCUAUUGAGAGAGACUGAGAGAGAGAGAGAGUCUGAGAGAGAGAGAGAUUGAGAGAGAGAGAGAGAGAUGCAAAUCAGCCAGCAGUGGCAGGUGAUCCAUAAAUGCAGCCUGUCACUCUUUCAGAAAACUCAAGUCCGUGACUAUGAGAGUCAAGAAUUAAAAAUACAACUGUAUUAAGUGCAGGAAAAGCAGAAAUAUGUUCAUUUACUUUUUGUUCUCAAUAGGAUUAACUGUGAAGACUAACUUAUAAAUGUGAAUUUAAGGAAACUUAAGUGCUGGAGGAAACAGUCUGAAUUAUUUUGUUCUACUAUGCCAGUGGUUUUCAAACCUCUAUAUCCAAAAAAUUUACAUUAUGAUUCCUAACAGUAGCAAAAUUAGUUAUGAAGCAGCGACAAAAUAACUUGAUGACUGGGGUCAGCACGUGAGGAGCUGUAUUAGAGGCUCACAGCUUUGGGAAGGAACAGCUGAUACUGAUGUCUAUGCGAUACUACAGUACUCACGCAGUACCUGCUUGGUGACAGGCCAGUGGUGCUGUGUCUCGUCAGAUGUUUAAGUCGUUGCCAGGUGAACUUACUACCCAGAGCUCCCAAAAAUAGGGUCCCUGGCUGGCUACCACCCUCCGCACAGAGCCUGCGCUCCAAGGAGGGCCUCUGCUCUUUAGACAAAAUGGGAAGAGGGCGACUGCCAAGCGGCUCGGGGGCCCUAGCAUCACGUCAGUGUCAUCUUGGACUGCAGACUAAAUCAGCACACAACAGCAAUACAAUUUCUAGAGGCACCUUUAGCAGCAACUUGCCAGGCCCCAGACGUCCAAGGAAUACCAGAAUAUUUUUAAGUUCCCCAAGUAACUCUGAGAAUCAUCAGCCAAGCUGCUGCCCUCAAUAAAUAAACCCAUUGUACUCA